GUGUUUCGCUUUGAUUUCUCUGAAACUGAACUUCAGUUAUCGCUCUUUUCACUUCUGCUGUGCUCCACCAUUUCAUUUAAUUUGCUUUCUUCCCAACUUGUUUCCUUCAUCGUCUUUUCUCAAUCCUUCUUUCCAUCUUCUUCCGCUACUCUUUGCACUUCAUCUCACCUCCCUUUACACAAAUCACCUCAUCCUUUCAUCAUUCUCGUCUCUCACGCUUUGUUUAAUUUGAUUUUUCUGCUUUUGUUCUCUACUCCCUCUAUCCGUUUUCAUCUUUUACACAAAAUCAGCUCGAUCUUCCACUAAUCUCACCCUUUGUGUUGUUUCGUUAUCUCAGUUUCAUUCUCUCAGCUCAAAAAAAAAAAAAAAAAAAAAAAAAAGAAAGCCGACUUUUUCAUUCCCUUCCUCUCAACCAAAUCCUUUUCGCAUUAUAUAUCUAUCUCUUCAAUUCCAGUACUCUUCCCACUGUUUGAUUUCUUUGGCCUUGUUAACUUGUUUUGCCUCUAAUUUUGUUUUCUCAUCUGCUUAGUUCUGAAAAUCCCUAGAAGAUGCCCGAUCCAAUUUCCGACGCUGUUGUUGCCAAAGUUGUUGAGAACAUAGUUGAUCGGAUUUUGGAUUUUAUUUUAAAUCCAAUCACUGUUGUGCGCAAGUGCAACGAGAAUGUUGAGAAUCUGAAGAACCAAGUUGACAAGCUGAAGGAUCAAAAGAAGCUGGUGGAGAACUAUGAGGCUGAUAUUCGCAGAAGAGGAGAAAUAAUUGAUGACACAGUGCAGACUUGGUUGACUAAAGCAGACGAAUUCAUCAAAGCGGCAGGAGAACCAGUACGAGUUGGUGAUGAAUUUGCCAAGGAGGAGUGUUUCUUUCGGCUGUGUCCCAAUCUCAUUCCUCGUUACAAGCUGAGCAGGAAAGCACAGAAGAAUUCCCAGAAUAUUGUUCAACAUCUGGAAGAAGCUGCUCGAUUCGGGGCCCUCCCAUUUUCCCGCCCUCCUCCUCUACAACAGGACGUUGCUGCAUUUGUGGAAGGGUUUGAGGAGUUCCUCUCUAGAAUGGCUGUUUUGAAGCAGAUAAUGGAGGCCCUAAAAAGUCCAACCGUAAACAAGAUCGGAGUGCAUGGGACUUCCGGUGUGGGGAAGACGAUGCUUGUGAAAAUGGUUAAAGGAAUAGCCAAGCAAGGCAGCUUGUUUACUGCGGUACUUAUGGCUAAAGUGACAAAGAACCCGGACUUGAAAAGUAUUCAACGUGACAUUGCACGUGACUUGGGUAUGGAUCUGCUUCCUACCGAACUUCCACCAGAACAAGUUGCAGAUCGAAUAAGGGCAAAGCUCAUAGAAAAGAAGAAAUUUCUUUGUCUCCAUGUCCAAAAUGCUCCAGACAUUCGAGGCAUCUUUAAUCCGGCGAGGAGGUUGCUUCAUUCCCAGGUAUUUCCCAUGUUGGAGGUAUUGACCCUUUCCAAUUUGCCAAAAAUGGAGAAGAUAUGUCAUGGUCUGACUGGAGCAGCACCUUUUAAAGUAUUAAGCAAGAUAACCGUUGUUGGUUGUCAUCAAUUGAAGAAUCUGUUCUCCUUCUCCAUGGCCAGACAGCUUCAACUUCAAGAAAUAACAGUACAAAAUUGCCGCAACAUUGCAGAGAUUAUUGAUGACGUGGAGGAGCAAGGCAACGGAAAUGAUAUCGUUGAAGAAAGUGAAGGAUGUAAGCUUGGCAACAAUCUGCGGUCCUUAACAUUAACAAAGCUACCAGAACUUAUUAGCUUCUUCAACGGUGGUAAUUGCAGCGGCAUCUCACUUUUCAACGAUAAGGUAUUUCAUUCAUUUCUUUUAUUUUAUUUCAUUUUUUGUUUCUUUGCGGAAGGGUAAUUAGAAAAUAUAAAAAGUUAAUCUUAUUGUUCCUUUUUUCUUAGGGAGAUCAACUGGGUUUCAAGUUUGGGCUAGGUUCAAUAGCAAUCCAAUAGUUUGUGUUUUACAUUUUUACAAAAUUUUUAAAGAAUUACUUUAAAUUAUUUUAAGAAGUGCAGAUGGUUAGACAUAUUUAAAAAAAAUAUAUAUUACUCAUCAAAAAGCUGAAAAAUAUAGGAGUAUUAAAAAGGAUUCAACCUU